AUGAGGCAGACCAACAGUGACGUUAAAGAUGAAUGCAUCUUCUACCAACUUUGCAGUGGUCCACAGAAGCUUGAAGUUGAUGUAAUCGAGAUGAGUGAGAGUGAACUUGGAAGCAAAAAGGUUCUAUUUUUGCGCAAUGCCAUACACGACACGCGUAGGGGACUGUUGCAACACUAUGCUGCAUCAGACCUCCGCAUCUAUGCAAGAGGCACAACUAUGGAAAACUAUAAAACCAAGCAACCCCUUGCGAUUGAUGUUUCACUCAAUGACUCCAAAAUUCAGGGAACAUCCGAAGAUGACCCUCUCCUUGUGGUUGUAUCCGCACCCACGCCAUCAUUUCCGACAGCAAACAAUACAAUUGAUUUGGUGAAUAAUGAUGAAUUGCAGCAAGGGCUUAGGCUCAUGGCGCAAGACUUCUUAGCAAGAAACGCCACCAUAUCUAUUUCAAAUGCAACUACCAAUAAAGCGACUUCUUUGAUGGAGAUGAUGGGAUUAUCACUGAAGGGAGCCACUUGGAAAAGCAAGCCUCCUCUAGAGCCUGUUUGCGGAUUUGUUUGGCCGGAGGGCGACGAAGAUUCUGAUGGCAGUCGAAGGGCAUUUAUGAGGUACCUCAAGACCACGCUUCAAGUGCCUCAAAAUUAUGCCUUGGCGGAUGUACGGCAACAGAGAAGCCUGCUGAAUCUUGACGGAUACCACUGCGUAGCAAACAAUUUUAGGUUGAGAGGAACUACGGAUGUCGUUAUCGCGAAGUCUGAACAUGUUGAGAACAGGGCAAUUAAGAACAAUAUUGAAGCUCUUCUUCAAUUGAAGAAACAAACGCAAAUUUCCAAAAAAGAUCACACGCCACAAACGAUCUGUGAACACUUUGCUGCGUCAUAUUUAAACCCCAAACUGCCUGUUGUUUCCGUGUUGACAGACCUAAGUGAAAAUUGGACUUUCUUUUGGUUUGCAUUUGAUGAUGAUGACACCGAUGAUGAUCCAGACUUGGUCCUAUACAAACUCUGUCUUGGUGGCAAAAAGGCUGCGGCAAAUGCAAAGUAUCUUCUGGAUAGUCUUUUUGACACAACAGUUGACAAUAAUCUCCCAAACACUUUUGCAAAACGGCAGCCAUUCCGGGCUAUUCAUGAUUUCCUUACCCGUAGAAAGAAGAGGCGGAGGGAAUUCGAUGGUGACUACAGUAACUCCGAGGAUCGCAAUUCCAAGCCUCCUCCUCGCGGAGCAGACAGGAGUCCAGUGAAUGACCCUAGCGCUGAUCCCUCAGCAACAAGUGGUCGCCCCUCCGAGAAUAACGAAGGUGGCAAUUGUUCGGGUAGAGAACGAAGUAUGAGCAUGGCGGAUUCGCUGAGCUUGUUUGCGCCCCCCGCUAGUCGAGACGUGGGAAACGAGCUUGACCUACUCGAUAUGGUGGACGAAAGUGAGCAGUACGAAAUAGUUCGAUCAUUUGCCGCCAAGCACAUCGUUCCUUACAUGUACAGCAGUUCGGAAGCUUGA